AUGGCCUCCAAGUCCAAGUCGACGUCGAGCUCCGGCGGCCUCUCCGGCCACCACCACCGCCACCACCGGCACGGCCACCACGGCGAUGGCCACGGCCCGUCGGACAGCCUGGCCAUCAACAUGGGCGGGCUGGACGACGAGGACCUCGCCGUGGACUCGGAGUGGGCCGACUUCGACCGCCUGCUCACCGAGUACCGGCUCCGGCGGCGCAUCAACGCGUCGUCGCCGUCGCCGCUGGUGUCGCGGAGGGACCUGCACGAGCUGAUGGGGAGGGCCGUCCGCGGCAAGGUGUCCCAGGCCUUCUACCCGUGCCCCGCGCCGGCCGCCGGCACGGACCCCGACGACAUGGACUACGUGCACACGGCGAUGUAUGGCCGCUACACCAAGGACCUCGGGGAGUACGCCAAAGAGGAGGGUCGCAAGCUCGCGCUGCUCGAACGGAAGCGGAAGAAGGAAGACAGGUUACGGGAGAAGGAGUACGACAAGUACAGCGGCAAGUACCGGGGCAAGUGCGCCACCAAGGUGCUGGCCGUGCUCGCCUUCCUCUGGAAGCACACGUUCGCGCGCCUCGGCGAGGACUGGGUGUACCUGGCGCUGCUCGGCCUCAUCGUCGCCCUCCUGUCCUUCUUCAUGGACGGCGGCAUCGGCAUGUGCAACCGAGCGAGAAUAUGGCUGUACCGAGACAUCGCCACCCAGCACGUGGCGCUGCAGUACCUGGCCUGGGUCAGCCUGCCCACCUUCCUCAUCCUCUUCUCGGCCGGCUUCGUGCACAUCAUCGCCCCGCAGUCCAUCGGCUCUGGCAUCCCGGAGAUGAAAACGAUCCUUCGGGGAGUGGCGCUCAAGGAGUACCUCACGUUCCGCACGCUGGUGGCCAAGGUCGUGGGGCUGACCGCCACGCUCGGCAGCGGCAUGCCCCUGGGUAAAGAGGGUCCGCUGGUGCACAUCGCCAGCAUAGCGGCCACGCUGCUGUCCAAGCUGGUCACCUCGUUCCAGGGCAUCUACCAGAACGAGAGCAGGAACACCGAGAUGCUGGCCGCGGCCUGCGCCGUCGGCGUGGCCAGCUGCUUCGCGGCGCCCAUCGGAGGCGUGCUGUUUAGUAUCGAGGUAACGACGGUGUACUUCGCGGUCCGCAACUACUGGCGCGGCUUCUUCGCCGCGGUGUGCGGCGCCACCGCCUUCCGCCUCUUGGGGGUGUGGUUCAACAACGAGGUCACCGUCACGGCGAUGUUCCUCACCAGCUUCACCAUGGACUUCCCCUUCGACCCCCAGGAGCUCAUCGUCUUCUCGCUGAUAGGUGUCCUGUGCGGUCUGGGCGGCGCCGGCUACGUGUGGAUGCACCGGCAGUACGUCACCUUCAUGCGGAGGAACAAGAGGAUGAACGCUUUCCUGCAGAAGAACCGCUUCCUGUACCCCGGCCUGGUGGCGCUGCUGGUGGCCUCCGUGACGUUCCCCAAGGGCGUGGGCCAGUUCAUGGCGGCCGACAUCAACACCCACGAGCAGGUGCUGGGGCUGUUCAGCAACUUCACGUGGACCAAGGGCGACCUGACGGUGGAGGAGGCCGCCGUGCUCCGCCACUGGAGCACCGAGACCACGGGGGUGUUCGUCAGCCUGACGUUCUUCACGCUCUUCACAUUCUUCUUCUCGAUCAUCGCGUCCACCAUCCCAGUGCCGUCGGGCAGCUUCAUCCCCGUGUUCAAGAUCGGCGCCGCGCUGGGCCGCACGGUGGGCGAGCUGAUGCACUUGUGGUUCCCGGCGGGCAUGCGCAUCGGCGGCACCCAGGCCGCCAUCAUCCCCGGCGGGUACGCCACCGUCGGCGCGGCCGCCUUCUCCGGCGCCGUCACGCACACCAUCUCCGUGUCCGUGAUCGUGUUCGAGAUGACCGGCCAGAUCACCCACAUCAUCCCCAUCAUGAUCGCCGUGCUGAUUUCCAACGCCAUCGCCGCGCUGCUGCAGCCCUCGCUCUACGACAGCAUCAUCCUUAUCAAGAAGCUGCCCUACCUGCCGGACCUGCUGCCCUCCAGCUCGGGCAUCUACCACGUGUACGUGGAGGACUUCAUGGUGCACGAGGUCAAGUACAUCUGGCACGGCAUGGAGUACCGCGAGCUCAAGGCGGUGCUCAAGGAGAGCCGGAAUUUGCGCAGCUUCCCCCUCGUGGACAAGCCGGACUCGAUGAUCCUGCUGGGGUCCAUCCAGCGCCUGGAGCUCAUCAAGCUCAUCGACAAGCACAUCGGCAGGGAGCGGCGGCUGCAGGUGGCGGCGCGGUGGCAGCGGGAGGCGCAGGAACGGGCCUUGGAGGAGGAGCGCGAGCGCAAGCGCAAGGAGGAGCUGCAGCUGGCGCAGCAGCGGCAGAGGAGGCCGUCGCGCUUCGAGGUGAUUCCGGCCCCGGACAUCCUCAAGAUCAAGCAGCAGUCCAACACGGACCUCGCCGCGCACGAGUACUCGAACCACAAGGAGCCGCACUUCAACCCGGUCUUCGGAACCCAACCAAAGAAAUCCAUCUUGAAGAAGACUAACUCGUUCAACCUCUGCAACUUCGGGCCGCUGAUGAACAGCCCUAACAUGACGCCCUACACGACGGUGACCGGGGCCGAGAGCCGCAUCCGCCUCGCUUUCGACGCCAUCUUCCGCAAGUCCACCACGCUCCAGGACGUGAACCCUGGAGACCCCACGGCCAACGGCGGCAUCCCGGGGCCGGGCGACAUCCCCCUCACCGCGUCCACGCCCGCCAGCCCGAGCCCCUUCAAGAAGGUCCAGCUGCCCAAGGAGCGCGUCAUCGACAUGUCGCCUGAGGACCAGAAGAUGUGGGAGGAGGAGGAGAUGGAGAAGCCGGUGGCGCUGAAGACGGUGCAGGUGGACCCCGCGCCCUUCCAGCUCGUGGAGCGCACGUCACUGCUCAAGGUGCACUCGCUCUUCUCCAUGCUGGGCGUCAACCACGCCUACGUCACCGCCACCGGGAGGCUCAUGGGCGUGGUCGGCCUCAAGGAGCUCCGCAAAGCCAUCGAGGACACGAACGCGGGGCUGCUGCCGGCGCAGCCGACGGCAGCGGGUCCCGGUGACGUCCGCGAAGCGCUGCUCAGCGACAAGCCGCAGCGGGGCAGCGACAGCGAGGACCCCAACACGCUGACCAUCACGUCCACGGACAGCGCGCUGAGCUCCAGUCCCAGUGAGGGCGACCUGCCGCCCUCCAAGGCCAGCAUGCCGCCCUCCAAGGCCAGCAUGCCGCCCUCCAAGGCCAGCCUGGCGGCCGGCGCGGUGCAGGCCGGGCAGAGCAUCCCCUUGGCCGUCCGGAGCGACAUCCGCCGCUGAAGAACCCCCUCCCCUCCCUCGGCAGAGCCAGGGCGGCCAUGGCGGCGUGGACUUCCCUGCCAUGCCGCCCGCGCCGAGGGCAGGCCGAGGGCAGGCCGAGGGUCGUCUCGCUUCAAGGCUGUCUUCGCCGAGAGAAACUAGGGCAGCCGGCCGUGGAGGCAGGUUCGCUUCCUCCGCUCCACGCAGCAUGCUGCCAGCAGGGACGGAGGGACUGCCUUACGAACUCUUUUGCGGUGAAACAUGAAACGAUUGCGUGACCCGGCGGCGGCAGGGGAAGGGCGGCUGGCCGAACACAACUUCGUGUUAAGUAGGAAUGUUAUUCAGGGAAAUAUUAGCCGAUCGCGCUUCGGCUGGUAACAUUUUUGUGAGUAAAUGUGAUACCAUUUAAUUUAA